AUGAGAUUCAACAAGCGUGUUUUGAUAGCAAAAUUGAAACAGAAUAUCAGUGCAAAAAUAGCUACCCGUUAUCAGUCAGGCUGUAUAGGGUCAUUGCAAACUCUUGAAAAUCCAAACUACGGUGGAUGUUUGUGUAGCAUCUCAAUCAAGGGCUCUCGUCUAGAGAUACAUCCAGAGGUAUUGGGCACCAUAACAGGUGGUGAUGAAGGUUCCGAUAAUGAAGAUCAGUCCCCCUAUGAUCUUGAAGAUUUUAAUAUCCUCGAUUCCGAUGAGGUCUCCAAAUAUAUAGACGAUGAAGGGGGUGGUGGAGGUCGUUUGCAGGUGGGUGAAUCAGUGACCAAGCUUGAUCGUAAAGUUCCACCAGUCAUCAAACAGGUCUCAACCGAAGCCAUCUUGGCAGCUCAAAAGGCUCCUGAUAUUGCCUGUAGCGUAGCUUUUGAAGUCCACCGUGCUAGAGUGGUGAACACUGUCUCAGGAUUAGCAAAAUUAGUGUACACCAAGUAUGAACUCACAACAAAAGAGCUUUAUGUGAAGUAUGAACCCAAAGCCAAACAAUGUGCGAUUUUAGCUUGGCGUAAACUCAACAAGCUCUCUCUUUUCCCUCAAGUUGCCUCGGUCAUUAUCCCAACAACUGCUUAUUGCGGCGACAAGUAUAAUGAGACAGUUGUUAGCAGUAUAGAGAACUCCUAUUUACCUUUGGUCCCUACUAAAAAAAUCGCUAAGGUGUUUGGUGAGUAG